GCUUGCCGUAGUUUAAAUCCUCGCGACCUCUGACUUCGACUAAACUUCUCUACUUCCUGCUCGCUCUUCGGCUCUUCAAGGCUGAAAGGCGAUGAUUUUGAAUCGAAAGGAGGUUAUUUCGACUAAUUUGGAUUGAAUUUGAGAACAAGAUGAGCUGGAUUCCUUUCAAAAUAGGACAACCAAAGAAACAAAUUGUUUCGAAAACAGUUGAAAGAGACUUUGAGAGGGAAUAUGAGAAGCUCCAAAAGUUGGAAGAACAGACAAAGAAGCUUCAUAAAGACACGAAGAAGAGCACAGAGGCUGAUUUAGCCAUGUCUAAAGCAGCAGUGAAGAUCUCAGGGGACCUGUUAAGUAAUCCACUAUGUGAGCAGGAUCAGGAAUUCUUGGAUUCUAUGACUGCUCUCGAUACAGCCAUGAAGAGAAUGGAUGCGUUCAAUCAGGAGAAGGUCAAUCAGAUUCAGAAGACCGUGAUCGACCCUUUGAAAAAGUACAGCAGUGUGUUUCCAAGUUUGAACAUGGCAGUGAAACGCAGGGAACAAGCUCUUCAAGACUACAAGAGACUCCAGUCUAAAGUGGAGAAAUAUGAAGAAAAAGAGAAGACGGGGCCUGUUAUGGUCAAACUCCAUCAGGCCAGAGAAGAAUUGAAGCCUGUCAGGGAAGACUUUGAAGCCAAGAACAAGCAGCUUUUGGAUGAGAUGCCCAAAUUCUACAACAGUCGCAUCGACUACUUUCAGCCCAGCUUUGAGGCAUUGAUACGAGCUCAGGUGGCCUAUUUCACCGAGAUGCACAACAUCUUCACAGAGCUGACCGAUCGGAUCGACCAGGGCGGACUGACAGAUGAAGAAAGAAAACAAGAGAACGAGUCCAAGCUGAAUGAGUUGCGUGCUCUGUCCAUCGUGGCCGAUGACUGAUAUGAAAAACAGUCUGUUCCUCCUGAUACAAACAUUUACAGUAUGUGUCUUUAAACGUCUAUAUGAAGACUUUGAGGUCGAGCGAGGGUGGAUUUUAUUGCGUAUUUAUUUUUCUGUCUGUAUGUUUUUCUUUAAUAUAGAAGCCUGUUUUUAAUAUCUUGAUGAAGGAACACUAGAGAUACUGAUGUCAUUUACAAUGGAUAAGCCAGAUAUUUUAUGAAAUUUAUUCAUUCUGGUCUUACAUAAAAUGUCUGUUGUGUUGGCUUUAAUUUAAGUUAACAUUUUAAGAAACUAAGGCCUGGUUUCACAGACAAGGCUUAGCUUAAGACUAUGCUUUAAGUUAAAUUUGGAUUUUUAAGUCACUUUUAUAAAAAUGCCUUAGACAUAAACAUUACAGGUGUGCAUCUUACGACAAAACAAUGACAUAUUUUAAGAUAUUUUUAGCCCAAACAUUCAUUUUAGUCCAGGACUAGCCUUAAGCCUCGUUUGUGAAACUCACCUUUCUUAUCCACUAAAUAUCAAAUAUUUAAAUCUGACUUAAAAGUUAAACUGUUAAAACAUUUUGUAGCUGCAUAAUGAUUUUAGUUUUGGUUUUUACACUACACAAGAUCUAAUUUCUCCUUUUUUGUCUUUACAAAAUGUGUAACACUGGAUUCUUAUUUUUAUACAAUGAGCUUUUAGGAGCGUACUGUGAUGUUGUUAACAUGUCAUAUAGAUGAACACAUCAGUGAAUAUUUUGUUAAAAGUACCAGAGAAGUUGUAUUUCUGUUAUAAUUGAGUUUCUUGAUAGAUAGUAGCCUACAUUAAGGAGACCAACAAUGUUGAUGUAUCAUGUGAAUGAAGGGCAACAUUUGAGUUAUACUCUGGCUCCCUCUACUGACAAGUGAAAAAAUGCCAUUUGAUUGGGGUUUUUCUUUUAUGAAUGGUAAAUAAUGAAGAAAAGAUUAAUUUAAUUUUAUUUACUACUAGUUUAACAGCCAUAAUACACAAUAUACUGUUUUAAAGUUAAAGGGAUAGUUCACCCAAAAAUCUCACCUUCAUGUUGUGUUAGACCUUUACACAUUUAUUUUUUUCUGAUGAACACAAAAUAAUGAUUAUUUGAAACAAACGAUGAUAAAUAAUUGAAAUGAUCAACUCUGUGCUUACCAUCAUUUAUCAAAAUAUCAUCAUUCAAGCACAGAUUUGAUGGUUCCCAUUGAAUUCCAUAGGAUUUACUUUUCCUACUAUGAAAGUCAAUGGUUUCCACCAUCUGUGUGCUUAUCAUCAUUCAAAAUAUUUUUUUUUGUGUUCAUCAAUUGAUACAGGUUUACAACAACAUAAGGGUGGGUAACUUAAGACAUUCAUUUUUGGGUGAACUAUCACUUUAAGGACCAAUUAUUCAAACCACACAUUUUAAUUUGUUUUGUUUCAAUGUUACAUAAAGUGAUCUGUUAAAGUACUGACAAAGUAUUAUUCAACUGGAAGAAGCUUAACUGUGUGCAAGAUUAUUAGUUUAGAUACCUGUAAAGUGCCUUCGCUGGUAUAUUACUGGUAUCUAUUGUGCUGGCAACAACAAGGUCAUGGGUUUGAUUCCCAGCCAACAAACUCUGAAAAUGUAUACGUUUAAUGCUUUGUCAAUUAAUUUCUGAUUAAAUUGCGUGUGCAUGUAUGUUUUUUUACUGUAUUCAGACUUUGGCUCUUGUUUUUACUCACAAAAAAAGUUUGAUUUUCUGUAAGCUUUGUUUUAACAAACGUGUGUUUUUAUUACUGAAGUGUUUUGUUCUUUUGUGUUUGGUGAUAGUCUUGUUUUCAUAAAUAAAGCUUUGUCAACUGAA